AUGAUGGAUUCUAUGAGCGAGCGACUCAGCGCUCGGUCACCAGAAAAGAUGAAGAUAACUGAAGUCUUUCUACCCUCUAGCAACCCUGAUGGUAACGUGGGUGUUCGUACUUUAACGCCGGGGCUAACACCACAAACACCACAACUGCCGCCGUUCCACAGUAUUAUUGGAUACACUACUGUUACUGCAGGGGAAAUGUUAGUGCGUUGCAUCUCGGAUCUGGAUUGA